GCGGAAGGCUACCUUGGUGGAAUGAUCGUAAAGCGACGGUAAUUACGUCUCGAAGUAUUCACGGAUUUUAAUACAUCCAGUACUCAAAUGUUCUGCGUCGAAACGUUGAUGACUCCGAGUAAAUACUGUAUUGUGAAUUGCGGUGACAGAUAGACGUUAUUUUUGUUACCUUGAUGUAAAUGUAUUCAGUAUAAAUAUUAUAAUUUUUAAAAUGUGUGACAAAACAGAUGUUGAUACUAAAACGGAUUACAAUCCAUUUGAACAUAGGAAAGUUGACAAACCAAGUUCAGAUGUAAGAUCAACUACAAAUCUGAUAAAAGCCUCUUUAGGUUCAGGACUUUUAGCAGGUCCUUUGGCAUUUGCAAAUGCGGGAUGGGGUGUCGGUAUAGUCGGUACUAUAAUUAUUGGCAUCAUCUGUGGACACUGUGUUCACAUACUGGUAAAAACUUCACGAGGAUGUUGUAAAUUGGAAAGAAAGCCUUUACUUGGCUACGCAGAAACGGCGAAAAGUGUAUUUGUAAAUGGACCGAAAAAAGUUAGACCUUAUGCUAAAUUCGCAAAAAUAUUUAGUGAAUUCGCUUUGGUCGCCACUUAUGUUGGUGUAUGUUGUAUUUACAGCGUACUCAUAUCAGAUUCUAUUAAACAACUGAUUGAUAGAUAUGUUCCCUCUGUAAUUUUACCAGUAGAAUAUUACUGUCUGAUUAUUUUAGGUCCUAUUUGCAUACUCUGUCAAGUAAAAUAUCUGAAAUGGCUCGCAGUAUUCUCAUUUUUGGCUAACAUAUUCCUUGUUUUAACAUAUUUGAUCUGCUUUUAUUACAUCUUCGGCAGCGACAUCACUUUAGCCGAUAAAAGGAUAGCUGGUGAUCCUUGGAGAUUUCCGGCUUUUGUGUCUACCGUAAUAUUCGCAAUGGAGGGAAUCGGCGUAGUAAUGCCAGUCGAGAAUGCAAUGAAGAAACCACAACAUUUCCUCGGCUGUCCGAGCGUGCUCGUUGUGGCCAUGACCGCUAUUGUAUUUUUCUAUAGCACUCUUGGCUUGUUCGGAUACUUCCGAUAUGGAGAUGUCCUUAGAGGAUCGAUUACUUUGAAUCUGCCAUUGGAUGACUGGCCUGCAAUUUGUGCCAAAGGUUUCAUAGCUUUAUCUAUUUUCUUCACCUAUCCGCUGCAGUUUUAUGUUGUGUUUGAUAUUUUCAAAAAACACACCGAUCGGUACAUCAAAGAUGAUUACCGCAACGUCACCGAGGUAUUUGCCAGAAUUGUGGGUGUUGGAUUCUGUGUUGGAAUUGGCAUUGCAUUACCAUUACUGGAACAGAUUAUAAAUAUCGUCGGCGCUUGCUUCUAUUCAAUACUCGGCCUCAUAAUUCCGGCUACUUUGGAAACUGUCUUCCGAUGGGAGAGGCUCGGCAAAUUUAAAUGGGUCCUAUGGAAGAAUUUGAUUAUUAUAAUAUUCGGCUUCGGCACAUUAAUAUCUGGUUGUACAGUCACCGUACUUGAUAUAAUUGAAAUAUUAAACAGAAAAACUGUAUAGACUUAAGAAACGAAUCUCGUAACAUUUAUGGUAUGGCGAAUAGGUAGCCAUUAGAUUAAUAUUAAAUUUAAGGGCACUACACACGGCUAAGAUACUAUAAUAUUUUAUCUUAAAAUACAAUAUCGCUUGCCCUACAAUUCUAUGAACCAUUACGCUCUUCGAAAAUAAUACCAACAUAACAUCUUAAGGCAAAUAUGAGCAUUUCCGGUCCACUAUCAAGUUCACUUUUAUAAUUACUACGCAAAAUUUAAUUUAAAAAAUUCAGUGAUACAUGGAUGGCAUUUGUUGUGAAGAUAUUAUAAAGGCAUGAACGACUAACUUUUUUUUUAAAUAACUGACUAUUUUGUAAGCAAUAAUUUAUUUUAAA